GUGCGGGAGGUGCCGCGGCGGGAGCGCUGGCGGACGCGCGGCGAGGGGCGGAGGAGCGCGGGCAGCAUGGGCUGCAGCGUGUCCCAGCCGGCAGAGGACCAGAGACGGGUGCCCGUGCCCAAGAAGGGCUGGGAAGAGGGAGCCCAGGCUGAUGCCCCCAUCACUGACUCCAGGGAGAAUCGCAGCCCCCAUAUCGAAGCCACACUGCCCAAGGACACUGUGCACAAGGCAGAAGACCAGGGACAAGCUCAGAUGGGAAGCUUACCGGGAACUAUUCCAGAAAGUUCUCCGUCUCCGAGUGCCAGAAAUGGAAGAGUACAUUCAGACUCGGUGACCAAUGGAUUCAUCAAUAAGCCCCAACCCCUGGAGAAUCGAGAGCGACAAAAGUCAUCUGACAUCCUGGAGGAACUGAUUGUUCAAGGAAUAAUACAAAGCCACAGCAGAGUAUUUAGAAAUGGAGAGUCAUACGAUGUCAUGGUGGACACAACUGAAAAGCCACUGAGAAAGCCACCAGCCAGACUGAAAAAACUUAAGAUCAAAAAGGAAGUAAAAGAUUUCACAAUGAAGGAUAUAGAAGAGAAGAUGCAGGCGGCAGAGGAGCGUCGGAAGAUUAAGGAAGAAGAAAUAAGAAAGAGGCUACGGAGUGACCACCUUUUGCACGCAGCCAGUCAUUCAGAUUCCACUGAAAUGGGUGGGGCUGAGGUUCCCCUCGUGAAAGGGCUUCAGACCACGAGCGCUGCUGCGUUUGAACCACCUGUCCUGCAAGGAGGAGAGCCACAGAAGAGGAAGAGUAACAGUGAGGCAGUCCCAAUUGAUGGAAACUACUGUUUUGAAAGUUUUGGAGUCGUGGAGUCAGACAUGUCCUACAACCAAGAGGAUGACAUAUUCUAAUAAGCCAUUUUUUUAUGUUAACUUCAUAAAAAGAAAUCUAUGUCUCAUAUUCCUUGACUGUGUGACCUCACCUGUAGAUUUCUGGGGCUGCCUUUGCAAUGGUGAUCUGAGACUGAUGUUGGUUGAGUGAAUUAAAUGACUACAUGUAUGCAAGCACACACAUGCAUGUGCACACAUGCGCACACACACACACACAGGAAAAAGAAACAAUAGGUCUGACCAGCUUAGAUUAUUAUGAGGUUGGUAUUCUCCCACAAUAUGGCUUUAAAACCCCCUUUUUUUUAGAUGACUUUAAUUUAUGAAUCCCGUGCAGCUUUCUAUAUUGUGAAUGUAUCUGUGCCAAAUGAAAUUCUUCUUUUUUAGCUCCUGACAUUGGGCUGUGUCCACUGAUGUCCUUUACAACAAAAUUGAAUGCAUUUGUAAAGUAUUUUAACAAUCCAUGUACUUUUUAAGUAUUUGUUUAAGUUUUUUUAAUCGUGCUGUCAAAUAAUAAAGCACUACCUUGAAGUUAGUUGAAUUACAGUUUCAUCUGUGU